AUGGCCUCUCACUCGUCCACCCUUGGCAUAUUUACUCGACCCUUGCUGCUCCUUCUCCUUAGCUUCCUAGCCCCACUUUUUCAGGACAUCUCAAUCACCCAUGCACAAAACACUUCUGCGCAAGUCGCCCCUAUCCCUAAUACUCAGAUGCCAUAUGCGCGAGUGGGAUCAAAGUUUUAUGUCCAGAGUGGUCCGCGCUCUGCAAAAAGCACACCGGUUUUCUCUUUAGACCUUACAACAUCAUGGUCGGUCAAUGCACCUGCCUGGACAGCUGAAAAAUUCGGCAAUAUCUCCAAUGACCCAUAUAGUUGGGGAGUAGGUGAUAAUCAAUCCUUACUUGUACUCUAUGAUAAUCCUGGUACAACAUAUCAUCGAGUCAAUGUUACCAAUCCCGAUGCAAAAUGGAGAACCAUUGCAAUGUUGCGGCCCGUUGAAUGUCCUGUACGUGACACUGUUAUCGAUUCCAGGACUGGGUGGAUGUAUACCUCUAAUAAAAUUGAUGAGUUUGAUGAGCCCGAUACUUUGUGUGUAGACGACAGAGAUGGUGCUUACGCGGUUCCUGAUAUUGUUCCUUCCGGCAUUUUUGGCGAGAGAAUCAUUGAUGGUGCUGUUUACAAUAACGCCAGACAAUCCCUUAUGAACGGAUACAAACGCUUAGCGGACAAGACUUGGGGAUACCUCCUAGAGUACUCGAUCAAUAAAGACAAAUGGUCAAACUAUAACGUAACAGGGCAGCUUCCAACUAAGAGAGAGCAAAAUUGCAUGGCCAUCGACACAAAUGGGACCAAGAUUGUUGUCUUUGGGGGCUCUACUCCAGAUGCUAGUAAUCCUACAAAGCUGAAGCCUUCUCCUGAGUUGUUUGUACUAGAUCUUAAAUCAAGACAGUGGAGAAAGGCGCCUAAUGCAGCUUCAUCUCGAGCCAAUGCUGCUUGCAUCCUGGUCGAGGAUCAGUUCAUAGUCUGGGGUGGCCAGAAUACUAAAAACCCAAGUGGUGAUGGAUCGAUUUUGCUGUUCGACCUAUCCAAGUUUGAAUGGGUUACAACUUAUACACCUCCGAGUUACCUACUGCCCACCAAACCGACUACCACCGCGUCUCCAGGACCUUCAGUAACGUCUGAGGCUCCUGCUCCGACGAAGAAUGAAUCUUCAAGUAUUAAUAUUGGAGCCAUUAUAGGAGGGGUUAUCGGAGCCUUGGCUGCUAUAGCGAUUGUUGCAGGAGUGUUCAUUUACAGGCGGCGGAAACAAAAGAACCAGAAGAGCGAGAUCCCUGGAACGAAAGAUGUCAAGCAAGGACAUGCUCCGCCUGAACACUAUGGCAAGCAAGAGCAUGGCUUAAUGGAAGGAGUGUCCGAAGAUUAUGGCAAAACUCCAGUUUACAGUCCUCAGCUGGUUAAUGUCAGCUCGCGCCAUCCUCAGCAAACACCUAUUCUAAGUGGGGAUCCUCAUGGUGAACCUGCUCCAAAAUAUGAAGCUACAGAACACUAGGCCGCAUUGAUGAUUAGAG